UCUAACAUGAACAAAAAUCUUUGCCAACAAGUUCCGUUUUGUCAAAAAAGGCGUUCGGUGCGUUUGAUUCAAUACGUUGACACCGGCUCUCUUUCCCCUUCGAGGCUUCGAAUCCGACGAAUCAAAGUGGGAAACACAGUCCUUGCCGCCGUAGUUUUUGAACUACAAUGUCGAUGGCUAUCCACAAUUGCUCGUGCUCUAGGAGAAGAUAGGACACGAAAGGAGUUGAUUCCUUUCUUAAGUGAAAACAAUGAUGAUGAUGAUGAGGUUCUUCUAGCCAUGGCAGAGGAGUUGGGUGUGUUUAUCCCUUAUGUUGGUGGAAUAGAGCAUGCCCCUGUGUUGCUUCCCCCUCUUGAAACCCUAUGUACUGUUGAAGAGACAUGUGUGAGGGACAAAGCUGUUGAGUCCUUAUGCAGGAUCGGAUCACAAAUGAGAGAGUCUGAUUUGGUUGAUUCCUUUGUACCUCUUGUUAAGAGGUUGGCAGCUGGUGAAUGGUUUACUGCUAGAGUUUCUGCAUGUGGGCUGUUUCACAUUGCUUAUCCUAGUGCCUCUGAGGCAUUGAAAACAGAAUUGAGAUCAGUUUUUAAUCAGUUAUGUCAAGAUGAUAUGCCCAUGGUUAGAAGAGCAGCUGCAACAAAUUUGGGAAAAUUUGCUGCAACUGUGGAACCUUCACAUCUCAAAACUGACAUCAUGGAGAUCUUUCAGGAUCUUACAAAAGAUGAUCAAGAUUCUGUUCGUUUACUAGCUGUUGAGGGUUGUGCUGCUCUUGGGAAGUUGCUACAACCCCAAGACUGUGUUGCACAUAUUCUUCCUGUCAUUGUUAAUUUUUCUCAGGACAAGUCUUGGCGUGUUCGUUAUAUGGUUGCUAAUCAAUUGUAUGAACUAUGUGAAGCAGUGGGCCCUGAACCCACCAAGAGUGAGUUAGUUCCAGCAUACGUGAGGCUACUUGGUGAUAAUGAAGCUGAAGUACGUAUUGCAGCUGCUGGAAAAGUCACAAAAUUUAGUCGAAUUCUUACCCCACAACUUGCAAUUCAACAUAUUCUUCCAUGUGUAAAGGAAUUGUCAUCGGAUUCUUCUCAGCAUGUUAGAUCUGCUUUGGCUUCUGUUAUAAUGGGCAUGGCUCCUGUUUUAGGAAAGGAUGCAACAAUUGAACAACUUCUUCCUAUUUUUCUCUCACUUCUAAAAGACGAGUUUCCAGAUGUACGCCUCAAUAUUAUCAGCAAGCUAGAUCAAGUAAAUCAGGUCAUCGGGAUCGAUCUUUUAUCUCAAUCUUUACUUCCAGCAAUUGUUGAGUUGGCAGAAGAUAGACAUUGGAGGGUUCGUUUGGCAAUUAUAGAAUACAUUCCACUAUUGGCUAGUCAAUUAGGUGUAGCCUUUUUUGAUGAUAAACUUGGUUCUCUUUGCAUGCAAUGGUUACAAGACAAGGUUUACUCCAUUAGAGAUGCUGCUGCUAAUAACUUAAAGCGUUUAGCAGAGGAGUUCGGUCCAGAUUGGUCAAUGCAACAUAUUGUCCCACAGGUGUUGGAGAUGAUUAAUAAUCCGCAUUAUUUAUAUCGAAUGACAGUCGUUCGUGCAAUUUCUCUACUUGCCCCAGUUAUGGGCUCAGAAAUUACUUGUUCUAAACUUCUUCCACCACUCAUUACCUUAUCCAAAGACAGAGUGCCGAAUAUCAAGUUUAAUGUCGCAAAGGUCUUGCAGCUGUUAAUUCCUAUCGUUGACCAUUCAGUGGUGGAGAAAAGUAUUAGGCCGUGUUUGGUUGAGCUGGCGGAAGACCCAGAUGUUGAUGUCCGUUUUUUCGCAAAUCAAGCUCUUCAGUCACUGAUGUCUAGCUAAAUAAACAGGUCUCGUAUUAUUAUUAAUUUAUUAUUAUUAUUAUUAUUAUUAUUAUUAUUCCUAAGUUGUCAGUUGUUGUAAUGUGAAAAUGCGU